GUGGAAUUUAACACUAAAGAAGCUGACGAUAGAAGCAGACGUCAAUUCCAGAAUAGCCAAACGACAUGUCGGCAAACUUGUACAAAGUUGGACUCGCGGUGUAUUUGGUGGCAGCGAUUCUGUGUGUAGGAAACGUGGAAUCCGUAUCCUGCUGGCCCGGUGCCGUGGCUUCCUGGAUGAACGGGAUUCGAACCCACACAUGCUAUCAGCACCCCCCUUGUCCUAGAGUUCACUGUAUUAUUAACCCGUGUCAAGUACAGCCUUCUUGUUUAUCUCGACCCGGAACCAAAUGCAUACCUAACUACUGCGGAGGAUGUUUUGCGAUGUUUUUCUACGUUCAUCCUAACAUAGACGGAUACGUGUGUCCACUUUGAAAAAACACAUGGUAAUUGAUCACAUUCGUCGACUAUGUUCGUUGAUCAUCGGCUGAUUUCGUGUGUUUCCGUUUACCUUCAUCCGUAGGACCCCUGGAAGAGACUAUUCCAGCUAAAAGCCAAAUGUUACACCUUCAUCAUGAUGAUUCGGGUAGCACUGUUCAGUUUUCUAGGUGGAUUUGGUGUGUUGUAUAUCGAUUUGGUGUGUUGUACAUCAUCUUGGUGUGUUGUUUAUCGAUUUGAUGUGUUGUAUAUCGAAUUGAUAGAACUGAAUAAAUAUAUUCGAACACU